GCAGAGCUCUCGCUGGAUGGAAGGUCCGGUCGCAGAGUGAUGGUGGCGGCAGCGAAGAUGGGCCGGGCAGGGACCAUGGCGGUGGAGGCAGAGGUGGCAGGGGCGGGGCAGCUGGCGGUAGAGGAGACUGUGGUCUUCAGGGAGCUGUAGGUGGAGGCAUGGCUCGGGCUACCGGCGGGAACGGCAGCGAGGAGGCCUGGGGGGCACUUCGAGUGCGGCAACAGCAGAGUCUGGCAGCGUCUUCUCUUGAGGGAGCAAUUUGGAGAAGAGAUGGAACCCAGAAUCACGCCCUGGAUGCCAUCCUUUAUCAUCCACAGCAAUCCCAUCUGCUUCGAGAGCUGUGCCCGGGAGUGAACAACCAGCCCUACCUCUGUGAGAGUGGUCACUGCUGUGGGGAGACUGGCUGCUGCACAUACUACUAUGAGCUCUGGUGGUUCUGGCUGCUCUGGACUGUCCUCAUUCUCUUUAGCUGCUGUUGCGCCUUCCGCCAUCGACGAGCUAAACUACGGCUGCAGCAGCAGCAGCGGCAGCGGGAGAUCAACUUGUUGGCCUACCAUGGGGCGUGCCAUGGGGCUGGCCCUGUCCCUACUGGCUCACUGCUUGAUCUUCGCCUCCUCAGCGCCUUCAAACCCCCAGCCUAUGAGGAUGUGGUUCACCGCCCAGGCACUCCGCCGCCUCCUUACACUGCAGCCACAGGCUGCCCCUCGACUGCUUCCAGCCAGUGCACCUGCUGCUCCUCUGCUUCCAGCUGUCCUGCCCGCCACGAGGGAACAAACGUGGAAGACGUUUCCUCCCACCAGAGUGCCCCUCCUCAUCAGGAGGGUGAGCUUGGGGCAGGAGUGAGCCCUGCCCCCACACCCCCCUCCUGCCGCUAUCGCCGCCUGACUGGUGACUCAGGUAUUGAGCUCUGCCCUUGUCCUGACUCCAGUGAGGGUGAGCCAGUCAAGGAGGCUACGGUUAGUGCCACCUCACGAGAGGUGGAAGACCAGUCCCCUUGUGCACGGCCCCUAAAUCCUGCACCCCAAGUCUCUCCUGUGGGGCUGGCUUCCAGCGAAGGGGACAUCCCAUAAGCAAUUUUGGGAGGCAGGGGGUGGGUUACUUGCCCACCAGAAACAGCCCUAAUCCCAGCUCCCUGGGUUCUUGGCCUCUCCCUGCCCUCCUAGAAUCUGAAAAGGCUGGAGUCCUGAGAAGGGCAGUGUUUGGGGGACUGUGCAAGCUCUAUCCCCCAGGAUAUACACAGGAGCCUUUGAUCUCAUUAAAGAGAUGUGAACCA